AUUACGGAAUACCUUCCUGCCUCUAUAGUCCUUACCGUGAGGCUGGUCUCGUCCUUGAAUUGCAAGAUUAGAUAAGAUGUACAUCCCGGUUGAAUUGCGGGAACGCGACCUCAAUUCCUGGGGUGCAGUUAAUUUGAUGCCAGAUCACAAUUCACAAGACACAUGCAAUCACUUCCCUGCGCAAUUGCAAUUCUUGAUAUCCUCUGAAUUAUGCGGUAGCGCUUCUUCCAAUCCUCUCAACUCCGAUUUCUAUAUUGUAGGAUCUAGCGGCUUUCUGAGCAGGAGACUCGGGCGACAUCUACAAAUAUGGCGCAAGUCAUUGCAAACUCGGGCCAUGAUGAUAUGAUUCACGAUGCAGUCCUAGACUACUACGGCCGGCGACUAGCAACAUGCUCAAGCGACAAGACAAUCAAGAUCUUCGAAAUAGAUGGUGACCAGCACCGGUUAUCAGAAACAUUGAAAGGGCACGAAGGUGCAGUAUGGUGUGUGGCCUGGGCACACCCGAAGUUCGGCACCCUUCUCGCCUCGUCCUCCUACGAUGGCAGAGUCCACAUCUACCGCGAAACACCCGCCCAACAGCCCAACGCCCCGCCCGCCUGGACGCUGGUAUUCACAUCUACCAUUCACACUGCGUCGGUGAACAUGGUAUCUUGGGCUCCUCCUGAACUCGGCUGUCUUCUGGCUUGCGCCUCCUCAGAUGGGAAUGUGUCCGUUCUCGAAUUCCGCGACAAUCAGUGGGCCCAUGUGAUUUUCCCUGCGCACGCGAUGGGCGUGAACGCAGUGAGCUGGGCGCCCGCCGGCGUCCCGGGUGCUAUCACACGUAAGGACGGUGGUGGACAAUCCGCGCCAGUUCGACGGUUCGUCACGGGUGGAAGCGACAAUGCGGUCAAGAUCUGGGAAUUCAACAGCGCAAGUCAGAGUCAACAGUAUGAGAACACGGUCGUCUUGCCAAACGGGCACACGGACUGGGUCAGGGAUGUAGCGUGGAGUCCGACGCUGCUGAGCAAGAGUUACAUCGCGAGUGCCAGCCAGGAUAAGACGGUGAAGAUCUGGACGAGCACAAAUCCGGCGGACAGUGCGUCGUGGACGUUGGCGAAGACAUUGGAAUUUGACGCCGUGCUGUGGAGAGUUAGUUGGAGUCUCAGCGGGAAUGUCCUGGCGGUGAGCGGUGGGGAUAAUAAGGUUACUUUAUGGAAGGAAGAUCUCAAGGGGAAUUGGGAGAUGGUUAGGGAGGUCACGGAGUGAGUGGGCUGUUGAACUGUUGAGGAUAGAGAAGGAAGAUCUCAAAGCUUGAUAUCUCGCUGGUCCCUUGUGCUGUCGUAGGAUCUGCUCUACUCCCGGGCAGAGACUGUUCUGUGAGGGUUCAGAAAGAAUGAACUUGAUUGCAUGGCCACGUGAUGGCCAAUGUGAGAACGACCGCGAUCCAGGAUUAUGUCUGACAGAGAGUGUAGAAGGCUAUCCAACGAUCCAAAAUGAUGUUCGAGCUUGUUCAUUCGGCCAGAAGACGACAGGAACGUAACUUCAUAUGAGCAUGGGCAGGCAAAAUAGGGGUAUACGCAUUUACUUUUACACUGGC